CGCUACAAGUCAAAUAUGGCGCUCUACAUAUGAUUUGUGGUCCGUAUGAACGCACCUUGCAAGCAGCGCAGCGACAGUGAUUGAAUCAUCGCAUCGCCGAAGCAUUUGCCUGAUUUUGGCCCACUGAUUGGAUCAAUUAUGUGCAUCAAACAGCGCUUACUGGUGCCAUAGGGUCAAGCCAGUGUGACGUGUUGUGCUUGUUAAAUCGUGAGCUUGCGUGAGACUGCGGCACGAUGAUGAAAGGAAGACCGAGUUAUGCCUACAGCGAGAAGCUGAUGAAACAGAUGGGCUGGACCGAAGGGAAAGGAUUGGGAAAAAAUGAGGACGGCAUGCCUGAUUUCAUUAAACCGAAGAAAAAGGUGAAUACCAAAGGCAUAGGCUUCAACGGUGUGGACGAUCGCUGGAUCGAGCACCAAGAGGCCUUUGACAGCCUCCUAAGCAACCUCAAUAAUGGAAGCCCAGCAGCUAAAGAAGACAAGUUGAUUGGGGUUGAAGAGCGGGCAUUCAAGCUCGGGGGUCGUGUUCACUACUCAAAGUUCCUCAGAGGAAAAGACUUGAGUCAGAAGAAGAAGGAAGACCUCAAUGCCAUUGUGGUCAAGAGGAAGAAGGAUGUGGAAAGCGUGCAAGAGGCAGACACGACGAGCCAGGAAGACCUGUCGGGACUGAAAACACACACUAGUAGCUUGAGCUACCAAGAGUACUUUGCUCAACGCAUGAAGGCAUCAAGACAUCAUAAAGGACUUAAUGAAAAUGGAGACCUGCAAUCUUAUCAGCAGAUGGAGGAAACUAGAGAUGAAGAUAGCGAGAUGACAUCAAGAAGGAAGCACAAGAGGUAUGAGAAAAACGAGCAUGCACAGGAUGAAUGGACUUCACACGUGGAUGAAGAGGGUGUCGGAGCAGGACUAGCGCUAAACAUAGCUGAUACUGAAGAUACCUACUCAUUGUACGAUGCGAACGUUCAAGCCAAGAAGAAGAAGAAAAAGUCGAAGCACAAGUCUAAUGAUGGUAGCAACAGCCAGUGGUCUGAGUCUAUCACCGAGCAAAGAGAAGACAGGCUUGGUGGAGAGUUAGUACCUGAGGAAUGCUCCUUAGAAGAGGGUGUCCCUAAGAGACAAAGAAAACUGAAACACGCUGAUGACAGUGAGCAGACCUUACACGAAGCUACCGUGUCACAGAUGGAGUUUUACUCAAACGACAGUGUACCUGUCCCAGUCAAGAAAAAGUCGAAGCAUAAGUCUUGUGAUGGCACCGAAAGUCAGUGGUCUGAGACCAUCAUAUCACCUGUAGAAUGCUCCUUAAAAGAAGGCGUCCCUAAGAGACUGAAAAAAUCGAAGCAAACAGUUGAGAACAGCAUUGAAAACAGCGAGCAGGCAUUGCCUAAAACUACAUCAUUACAGAUAGAGUUUUGCACAGAGGACAGUGUGUCACGAGUCAAGAAAAAGUCAAAGCACGAGCCAGAUCACGACACUAUGAGGUUUGAGACUAACAAUGAGCAGCGGGGUGACGGGAACCGAUCAAGUCAGGCCUUGGUUGAGGCACCUACACCAUCCACAAAGCACACCGUAGAGGAGGCUGCGCCUAAGCGAACAAAGAAGCUGAAAUGCCAGCCAUGCCUAAGUACGGAUGACACUGCAAAUGGCAGUUCACAAAUGUUGACUUCAGUGGUGUCGCCCAAAGAGUUCUCCUCAGAAAAGCAUCAGCAGCAGAUGAAGAAGAAGUCGAAGCACCGGCCUGCCCAUGAUACAGUUGAAGAAGACGAUAGAGAAAGUAGCAGCAAGAAAGCAGCAGUCGCAAGCCCUGGAGACAGAGCUGCAAAAAAAGAAGUUCCAAUGCUGCCUUUGCAGACCUGCUUUGAGGAGGAGAUGCCAAAGCAAGCUACAAAAGAACCUAAACAGGAAGCACCUGAAGUAACAAAUGAAAAGAGCAGACUAAAGAUCCAUACAGAAUCUGUAGAGGGUACAACAGCAGCAAAUAUACGUUUGGAUGAAGCUUUCUCUUUGGCUACCAGGCAAUCCGAAAAAGUGUUGAAGCAGUCUGGGAAGUUGAAGAGGGAGCUGAAUCAUGAUCCGACUGAUGAAGUAGAUGAGCAAAAAGGGCAACAAGAUAAAGUGCAACGCGUGAACAGAGGAACUGCUACGGCCACUGCGUUGGCUGCCAAUGCCGAGGCGCUCCUGGAAGAUUGUGCACCCAGGAAGUCAAAGCGAAAGCAGGAGGAAAGGGAAAGAAAGGAUAGUUGCACAGCCGAAGAGGAACAAAAGUGUGCCCAGCCAGAUGUUAAAGCUAAAACAAGAAAGGAGUCUAACCGACAGCAGGAAGAAGGAAUCGUAACCAAGAAACUCAAACACGAACCAGAGCAAAAUGAAGUGCCAGAAGAGGAGACCAAGAAAAAUGCUAAGCAAAACCAAACAGGAGGGUUGACACCUAAAGAACCCAAUCCGGAACAAGAACAAAGUAAAGUGAAGGCUCACAUCAAGACGGAGGCUAACGAAAAGCCUAAGCAAAAGUUGACGUCUGGCAAGGCCAGUCCAAAGCAAGAAAAGGCUGCUCUGAACGCUCAAACUAAGAAGGAGUUGAAAAACCAGAAGGAAGGAGUAACACCUAAAAUGUCUACCCGAGAACAAGAACAAACUGGCCCAGAGGUUAAAACCAAGAAGGUGUCUAAACAAAAGCAGAUGGAAGAAGUGAUGUCCAACAAGGUUAUCGUGGGGCAACAAAAGAAUGAGCCGAGAAGUAAAGCAAAAGAUGCGUCCAAGCAAGACAAGAACUACAAGCAAAAAGUAACGCCCAAAAUGUCUAAUCCAAAACAAGAACUGCCUGAACCCAAAGUUGAGACCACAAUUGAGUCUCUACAAAAGCAGAUGGAGAAAAUAACAACAAAGAAGUCCAACUUGAAGCUGGAACAGAAUGAACUAAACCUCAAAGCCAAGAUGGUACCUAAGCAAAGGCAUGUGGAAGGGGCUACAUCCAGUGAAGCUAACCCCGAAGAACAGACCAAGGUGAUUGUUAAAAAGAAAACUAUUCAAACUGCAAGCAGAGUUGUUGCAAACAAAACAGUGCAAAGUGCAAGUAAGCCAGUUGCAAAGAAAACUGUGCGGACUGCAACCAAGCCGGUUGCAGAGAAACCUUCUCCAACAGCAAGCAAGCUAGUUACAAAGAAACCUGUACCAGCAGCAAGCAAGGUGGCUGCAAAGGAAUCUGAGCAGACUACAACCAAGGUGGCUACAAAGAAGCCUAUCCGAAGUGCAAGCAAGCUUAUAGCAAAGAAAUCUGAGAAGACUACAACCAAGCUGGUUGCAAAGAAGCCUGUUCAGACUGCAAGCAAGCUCAUUACGAAGAUGCCCGUGCAAGAUGCCCAUAGAAGGCUGGGCCAUCGCUCGAAGCAUCCAGCCGGCAACAGUGCAGACCCACGGUAUUGUCAGUAUGAUGCUGGCAAGGCUUCGAGGGAUUUCAUCACUUCUCGAAAGAAAAUUGCCAUUAGGAACUCCAGUGCCGGAAACGCUGCAAAGAAGCAGCAGAGGAAGGUUGAACGCCCUUACCCGUGGCGCUUAGACAGGAUUCAGAAAGGAAUGUGGCGGCCCUUGUUUAAGCCUGAUGUCAAAGUCCUACCUGUGGAUGACGACACUGCCACAACAAUGGCCCAAUGGGUCAUUGAUACAGUGGAGCAUUCGGGCACCAAGAUCACUCCUGCUAAGGCGUGCCACCUCAGCAAGGAGAUGUUUGCCAUGACACUCACUGACCACAUUUACAGGCAACACAACACUUCUAACUGGAUGCAUAUUCCGGGAUACGGAAGCAAGUCUUGGGUGGAGGGAUGCGUUAACCUCCUGUGUGACAGGCUGGUUGCGAGAAACCGCAAACAAGCCUUGGAGUCUUUCAUUCCGCCAACUGCUGACAGUGAAAAGAAGGCUUCAAGUGGCUCAACUGCGGUCAGCGGGAUGAAAAAGUGACAUUGCACGACUAUGGCAGCAUUCAAUCUUGUUGUCAAGCUCGGAGCACAAGUUGGAGGUGUUGCUGGACCUCGCACCACGUGAACUUCGCGAUGGAGUGACUUUAGAUUGGUGCACACCCAUCGUAGUAUUCUUGUGCAGACAAAGGGGCUAUUUCAGUGUCUCCUGAAGUGGUGCACUUGAAGAAACAAUGUGACUACAGCUGCUGCUCUCCAGGCGCUGUUCUAGUAGUCAGUUGUCAGUCAGUGUGUAUUAGUUCAAGUCUGACCCUGCCUCUUGUAAAUAAUUUCUCCCGGAAAGGUGUCCGACUACUAUGUCAACAAAAAGGAUCCUUAAAGCCUGUUGAUUUUAUGCAAAAGCAUUUUCAUUUCUAAUACUGUACACCACUGUACAUACAGUCGAACUAUUUAAGUGCUCGCAGUCAAGUCAUGCGUAUAGUCAAGUACACUGCAUCUUCAUGUCUGUUCAAUGGUACAGCACGUUUCUUUGUAUGCGUUUGAAAAAAAUUUUCAACCUCCUUUAUAUAUAAAAAAGCAGCAAACAACAAUGAUGCUUUCGUAAGACAUGCUGUAAAAGACAUGCUGUAAAAGAAUGCUCAGAGGCAAGUAGAAGAGGCCAACAACACAGGUCUGUACUGCUGGCCAUCUUUGCAUUUCUUGCAGCUUUGUUUUCCAGUAUGCAUCUCUAAAAUGCCAUGCAUUCAGUGUGGCUGAACAUGAUUUGAUCACUGGAUUCGGUAACAAAGAACAUUGUCAUUGGUCAUGCAAAGAGCCACUAGAUGUUCUGAUGGAACUUCAAGACUGGUCAUACAACUGCGAGAAUAUUCAAGGUAAAAAUUCAUAGAGAGACGUUUAAUUUCAAUCGUUUGCGAAAUAGCUGUAGCAGCAGCUUGUUGCUUAACCAUGUCUGGUUGCCACAGUAUAUCCGAGAAACCUCAGCUCGUAUAGUACCAGUCUUGACCAAACCUGUCUUCAAGUACUACAGUCGUUCCCAGCUACGGCAGUGUGCCUGAGCACAUUUGUGCAAUGUGCUGCUGGGCCAGAACCUGCACAAUUUUAGGUCUCUUUGUGUCUGUGCAGUUUGAGGUCCACUUUAGUUCAGUGGACGCAGAUCUUUUCACUGCAAUCUUCGAUUCAAUGUCGUACAGGAGCCGGUUUGCACAAUUUCUCUGCCAUCAUUACUUUAAAAUGGUUCUCUCGCUCGUGGGAUUUGUUUUUCAAUGAAGUUGCAUCAAUGAUUACCAUUUGUUGCCACCACGUAGCAACACUAUUAUUUCAGUUAUAGCAUUAUAAUGUGAAUAACUACGUGUUCUUAUGCAUGCAUUGGUUGAGAAAAGUCUUCGAGUGCUGUAGGCUUGCUUGUUCCUGCACUUUUAUCCUUGGCUAUCAUGGAUCAUGAAGCACGCAGGUACUGCACUGUUGGCGGCACUACCAAGAAGUGCAUCGAAAAGUGCACUCAAACUGGAAGAAACUUUUCUCACUUUUUCUCUACACAGUUCUCGCUGCCAGGGUGAUGGAUUGCGAUGAAUGUAAACUACCUUUAGCUUAUUGUCCCCAGACGGUGUCCUGCAAAACUUCACUGUUGCUAAUUAUGCUUCUGUGGGCUUGCUUGUUCCACAAAGCUCCGAUUUGGUGUGUAGUCUUGACUUCAUGAGCUGUGUCGCAAAUGCACAUUUGCAGGUCGUCUGGGCUGGUGCACUCAAAGGCAUGCAAUUCUCGUAGGUCAGAGAAGAGAAAGGGAACUUUGCGCACAAGACGGUGUUGAAAUGAAUUGUGGUGGCCAGUUUUUGACAUUUCACCCUGAAUGCUUUUUUAACUACUAAUUGGGUCAUCUCCAAAAAGGUCAUGAGGAAUAGUCUUGGGCUCUUUUGACAAGCUGCACUGCUUAUUCAGACAUGUUGGAAAGCUGGCUAGCCUGCUGCCACAAGCAGACUGCAGCAUACCAGUUUCUUGGUCCUUCUGCAUUCUUUUGUCAUUAAUUUGCAGCCCAUUAUUUUGCAAUGCCCACUUUACCAUGUGUGAUGGAACUGUACCUUCUGGUUCUUGCGACUUCUAUGGUUGCUACUGUUGCGCCAUCUGAAAAGGUGGAGGUGUGUUGGCCAACUUAAUGUUACAUAUACUAUUGGCUACAGCACAACCCAUAUGCACCUGGUUAUUGCCAAAAACCAACUUUCUAACGAUGACAGUUUCCAACAAAAAGCAUUCUGAUGCACUAUUCAAUGCCAAGAUCCUCACUUGCCUUGAAGACGUGGUGUUUGAUUGCCCUGCCAAUAAAGGGCUAUGUGCCUUGCAAUAUAAAUGUGAAAGAAUCAAGCUUGCUCAUGACAUCCAUCCACUCAUCUAUCCAUCCAGUGUAGCCACUGCAUGUAUUUGUGAUUCAUACUUGUUACAGUAUGAAUGUGGAAGCAACACCUCCAAGAUAAUGAAAGGCUCAUGUGUCAUAAAAAGGCACGGAAGCAGCUGAAUCAUGAAUUGGAAAAAAAGAAAAGAUGUUUGUGCUAAGCAUUGCUUGUGCCUGUGGCAAAAAGGUACAAGUUCUCGCCUUCUGACAUGAUAUCGUAUCAUGGCAGCUUUUCGUUAUCUAGAAGGUGUUGGUAGGUGUGGGAUGCACUACAGUCAAGCAAAUGUGACCACCUCCUACAAGUGCACAUCUGUGCUUUUAUUAGACGUUAUAAGCUUUACACGCAUGUACCUGAAGGAAUGCAUACAUUCGUUGAUGCCACCUGCA